AUGGAGCUGACCACAAACCUGGCUGGGACAGGACAUGGGUCAACUCAAGUGAUGUUGAUGGAGUUUACACGCCACUUCAGCGUGACCAUGUGCCUCGGCAGGUGCCACCAUGUCCGUGUCCCUCAGCUGUGCUCCAUGGGGCCAAGCAAGUUGACCCAAGUUGAUCAACCUCCAUGUCGAGUCUCAACGGAUUUCUCCCUUGUCACGUCAAGUCUGAGUGGCGUGCAGGCAGAGGCCGUAGCCGGACCGGAAGCCUUGCCUGCAUUCCAUGUCUUCAGCUCCUUUGCACCUCCCGGCCGUCUCCUGGAGUCGAGUCAACUUGACCUGUGUGCUGUGCCCCGCCAGUCAUCAAUCAAUCCCCUGCUGCAUCUGAGAGUGUACCAAUGUAAUAAGUACUGCGUGGAGUACCUAGUAGAUGUCAGGUCAGGUCGUCACCCCCAGGAUCCACUCCCCGCAUCAUCAUGGAUCAAGGCAACAAGCCACACACCAGGCACUUGCAGUGACUAUUGA